GACGCGUAACCGCGUCGCGCGUCGCCUAUUUCUUGACUUUCGCCACCAUGGAUCAGGCAGGGAUUGAGAUACAGAAGACGGAACCGACGUUUGAGAGCGUCGUGAGCGAGAAGUCGCAGCUCUUCCAGGAGUUGCAAGAGGAGGACUUGUACAUCAAGUUCAAGAAGCUCACGCGCCAUCUCGAGCUCCUCGACAUCCAAGAGUCCUACAUCAAGGAUGAACAGGCCAACCUCAAGCGCGAGUUGAUUCGUGCGCAGGAGGAAGUCAAGCGCAUCCAGUCCGUGCCCCUCGUCAUCGGCCAGUUCCUCGAACCCAUCGACCAGCACACCGGGAUCGUGGGCUCUACCACGGGCUCUAACUAUGUCGUCCGCAUCAUGUCUACCCUUGACCGCGAGCUUCUAAAGCCUUCAUCCUCCGUGGCCCUCCACCGACAUUCGAACGCACUCGUAGACAUCUUGCCGCCCGAAGCGGACUCCAGUAUCGCGAUGUUGGGCGUGGAUGAGAAGCCCGAUGUCACAUACUCGGACGUUGGUGGUAUGGACUCGCAGAAGCAGGAGAUUAGGGAAGCCGUUGAGUUGCCUCUCACCCACUUCGACUUGUACAAGAAGAUCGGUAUCGACCCGCCCCGUGGUGUGCUGCUGUACGGCCCACCAGGUACGGGCAAAACUAUGCUCGUCAAAGCCGUCGCCCAUCACACCACUGCCGCCUUCAUUCGUGUCGUCGGCUCCGAGUUCGUUCAGAAGUAUCUCGGUGAAGGUCCACGCAUGGUUCGCGACGUCUUCCGUCUCGCGCGCGAGAACGCACCUGCCAUCAUCUUCAUCGACGAGAUUGACGCUAUUGCCACAAAGCGAUUCGACGCGCAAACGGGCGCGGAUCGUGAAGUGCAGCGAAUCUUGCUGGAGUUGCUGAACCAGAUGGAUGGUUUCGACCAGGGCAGCAAUGUCAAGGUCAUCAUGGCUACCAACCGUGCCGACACUCUCGACCCCGCUCUCCUCCGUCCCGGUCGUCUUGACCGAAAGAUCGAGUUCCCGAACCCAUCAAGGCGAGAGAAGCGUCUCAUCUUCCAGACCGUCACGAGCAAGAUGAACCUGGGUCCGGACGUCGACUUGGAAGACUUUGUCUCCCGACCCGACAAGCUCUCUUCGGCAGAGAUUGCGUCUAUAGCACAAGCCGCCGGCUUACAAGCUGUGCGCAAGAACCGCUACGUCAUCUUGCCCGUCGACUUUGAGGAAGCAUGGAAGCAAACGGUCAAGAGGUCAGACGAGACCCACGAGUUCUACCGGUAAUUUCUGUAUCUUCACCCAUAAUACGUUUUCAUUUGUAUCUUAUCACGUCAAUGCAAGCAUACGUCUUCAUCA